GUACUGCAGCGACGGAGGGCUGCAUCGAAAAAAGAAAAAAUACUGCUCGUGCGUUGGCAAUUACCUCUAAUCCAAUUCUGCAGUAAAAACAUUUUUUCUUCCCUUAAAGCCAAAGUGAAGUCUGAUGCGAUGGGUAACUCUGAGCCCAGUUCCCUCUUCUCGACAUAAAAGGAUGCCUGUCCGAUGAUUGCCACCGUCAUUGUGGUUUAUCUCCUGUGGUGACUCCAGAUACAAGAGUUUUCUUCCCUGCUGCAUCUUGAGACACACUGAUCUCACCAUUCCUGCAAUUUCCAUCAGCGUUCGGCACCCCACUUGUCCCCCUUCCCUCUUUCUUCUGUUAGUAAGUAUCCUUGAAGAUCGACCAGUGGACCCACAAUGGAGGACACUUACAAUAACAGGACUUCCCUGGCUAAGGGGGCCAAGGACAUAGUCAAGGAGGCCAAGCGGCAUGCAACAAAGAAAGUCAGCAAGGUGGUGGACCGCGCCACAGACGAGUACUCAUCCCACCACAACUACAACCGAUUCCAGGAUGAGGAGGACGAAGAUGAGGAUUUCUACCGGAACCCCCCGAGGCCGGACGCAGAUGGCUACCACGAAAACGAGGAGGGCUCCAGCGAUGCGACAGAAGGCCACGACGAUGAAGAUGAGAUCUAUGAGGGAGAGUACCAGGGGAUCCCAUCGGCAGGAGAUAGGAAGCAAAGGGAGGGCCAAGUGGCACUCGGGCAACCGGCGUCAGACGCAAACAGGGACCGUAAGGGGCUGGAGCAGGAGAGGCAGGCCGACGAAGAGGAGCUGGCCCAACAGUACGAGCUGAUCAUCCAGGAGUGUGGUCACGGCAGAUUCCAGUGGCAGCUGUUCCUGGUGCUCGGGCUGGCCCUCAUGUCCGAUGGCGUGGAGGUGUUCGUGGUGGGCUUUGUGCUGCCCAGCGCAGAGACGGACAUGUGUGUGCCCAACUCCAGCUCGGGAUGGCUCGGCAGUGUCGUUUACUUGGGGAUGAUGGUCGGGGCGUUUUUCUGGGGAGGCAUGUCUGACAAAGUGGGCCGCAGACAGUGCCUCCUCAUUUGCAUGUCCACAAAUGGCUUCUUCGCCUUCCUGUCGUCUUUUGUCCAGGGAUACGGCGUCUUCCUCCUCUGCCGUCUCGUAGCAGGCUUUGGGAUAGGAGGUGCGGUGCCCAUUGUGUUCUCUUUCUUUUCAGAGGUGUUGUCUAGGGAGAAAAGAGGAGAACACCUCAGCUGGUUGUGUAUGUUCUGGAUGAUCGGAGAGAUCUAUGCAUCUGCUAUGGCUUGGGCCAUCAUACCACACUAUGGUUGGAGCUUCAGUAUGGGUUCAGCGUACCAGUUUCACAGCUGGAGGGUGUUUGUGGUGGUGUGUGCGCUGCCUUGUGUGGGUGCUGUGGUGGCCCUUACCUUCAUGCCUGAAAGUCCCCGGUUCUACCUUGAGGUGGGGAAGCACGACGAAGCAUGGAUGAUCCUCAAACAGAUCCACGACACCAACAUGAGAGCGCGUGGGCAGCCGGAGAAAGUCUUCACCGUAAACAGGAUCAAAAUACCCAAACAGCUGGAUGAACUGGUGGAAAUGGAUUCAGAGUCUGGGAACCGAGUUUCCAAGUUUUUCUUCCGGAUAAAGACAGAAAUUUACGGGAUCUAUCAGAAUGUCAUGAAGUGCUUCAACUACCCCAUGCGAGAAAAUAUGAUGCGACUAGCCAUAGUGUGGUUCACACUAUCCUUCGGGUAUUAUGGGCUGUCAGUCUGGUUUCCUGAUGUCAUCAAACACCUUCAGGCGGACGACUAUGCAUCCAAAGUGAAGGUACACACUAAUGAACGCAUUGAAGACUUCACCUUCAACUUCACCCUGGAGAACCAGAUACACAAAAAUGGCCUCUUCAUCAACGACCGAUUCAUCAGUAUGAAGCUGAGGUCCGUGACGUUCAUUGACUCUACCUUUCGCAACUGCUACUUUGAGGACGUCAAGUCGGUGGGCUCCUUCUUCCGUAACUGUACUUUUAUUGAUGCUUUCUUCUUUAACACAGACAUUGAUGAAUCUAAGUUGGUAGAUGGCACAGAGGUGGUCAACAGCACAUUCACCCACAACAAGAAAGGAUGCCAGAUGACAUUUGAUGACGACUACAGCGCCUACUGGGUAUACUUCAUCAACUUCCUGGGGACGCUGGCCGUUCUGCCCGGCAACAUUGUCUCCGCCCUUCUCAUGGACAAAAUUGGGCGUCUGUCCAUGUUAGGCGGCUCGAUGGUCCUCUCAGGCAUCAGCUGUUUCUUUUUGUGGUUUGGCACCAGCGAGUCCAUGAUGAUUUUUAUGUUGUGCCUUUACAACGGUCUGAGCAUCUCUGCCUGGAAUUCCCUUGAUGUGAUCACGACUGAGUCGUUCCCGACUUCCAGGAGAGGAACUGGCUUUGGGUUCUGCAACGCUCUGUGCAAACUGGCUGCAGUCUUGGGAAACCUGAUUUUUGGCUCUCUGGUUGGCAUCACGAAGGCCAUCCCCAUCCUCAUGGCCUCGUCUGUGCUCGUCGGGGGAGGACUGGUUGCACUCCGGUUGCCUGACACCAAGGCCAACGUCCUCAUGUAACACCGGCCUGCCCCUUCAUGAGUUGGGACGAAACCUUGAUUAAACCCGGGUGAAGCUGAGAGGAAUCCCAGGGAGCGUUGAGCAUGGAGUCCAAACGGCUUGGUUCACAUCUUACUCACAUUUGGCUAUUGUACCUUAGGUAAAGCUGGAUAGCAACUCACCUUUCUCACAGUGUGUUAUAAUUUGAACAUGCAGGACACGUCCAAAUAAUUAGAUACCUCGUUAUUCAAUAAUAUGCUCAGCCUUUUUGUGUGAAUGUACUGUCUUCAGAUCUCACGUUACAGAGCUGAAAGUUUGCACUGGUUUUGCUGCUGUAACUUUAGGGAAGUUUUGUUUUGAUUGCCCCUUCCAGCCGUAGCCAUAGGUCUGAGUGGAUCCCUGCUUAGUUAGAGCUCAAGGCUUUUAAUAUUGAUGUAGUCCUAUUACGGCUAGCCAGAUGGGGGGGAAAAAAUGGGAAAACAAGCUGUAAUGAGCACAGCCAACCUUCUGUGUGACAACGUAGGGAAUACGUGAUCAGACAGAGCGGACAUAUUACACAUCUGCAUGACAGCUGGCUUUCCCACCACACACGUACACAGGACACGUUGUAGACAUUAUGCAGGAAGGCAACUUGAAAAUCAACAAAAAAAGAAAAACCUCAACAGAUAUUGUUUAUGCGCAAAUACCAGAUUAAAAAAAUAAUAGAUUUGUACUCACAUCUACCUAGGCGUUUUUUAUUUUCUACUCCGGCACCCUACAGGACACAAUGCUGAAUUUUCCUCGACAUGACAUUUGCUCAGACAUUUUCAACCUUUUCAACAUAGAUAAUUCACGUAUGAAGCCAAGCCCUUUGCAUUACCAGACCAACAAUCUAAAGGCCAUUUUGAAUAAAUUGUAUUUUCUUGUACCAGUAGUUCUAUGGUAUGUUGAAUUUGAGGCUGCUGAAUAUUUUCUGCUUAUUGUUUCGGCGUUUGUGGUAGUUGGAAUGAUGACUUAUUCAUUUUAUCCAAAUGAUGUUCCUCCAAGUCUCCAUCCAUGUGUUGUAUUGUUGUGCAAAGGCUCUCUGAGCCGCUCUCCUUCUAAUUUAGUUUUGAGUUGUAUCUUCCGUGUAGCAGUAGCUUUGACAGUGACACGUCAUGCUAUUUCCUUUUAAAAUACUGAAUGGCCUUUUUUUUUAAAUGUGCCUCUCCAUAACUGGAGCAGUCUGUCCAUAGUCAUGUGAUGUCCAAAGGUCAUAAAACGCAGACAGAAACUGAAGGAGAUAAAUAGAUGAAAUAUUGAUGCCAUUUUUGUGAGUGGAGCAUAAAUGUGAGACGGAAUAUUCACAAGAUGGCAAAUUCGUUUUGUCAGACCUCCUGAUCUCUUUUGUCAGACAUCCCUAAUUAUUAUUCGUCUAAAUUGUCUAUUUGUGAAACAAAAAGAAAACUGGAAGAUGAAUUUGAGGUUUGUUCUUUAUUGUUUCACAAUAUUUUGAAAAAUUGUAAUUGUUUUUUCAUUGCUUUAGACAUUAUCUAAUGGAACACUUCAGUUGCUCAAAGUCUUGUUACUUUGUGCUCAUGGAUUGUGCUUUUUCUUUUACUUCCGGCCAGUCCUCCUGCUUUUCUCUGUAUUUGUGUAAUCUGUGAUCGCAGCGUGGACAAUUUACCCUUGUGUGCAGUUGGCUCUUUCAAGGCUACUUGUCAAAACAACAAACAGAAAAGCUUCCAAAAUGGUACUGUAUAUGUGCAUCCAUGCAGUUAAUCCGACUUGUUCUGAAAUUUAGUCAAAUCAGCUGGAAGAACAUUUUAAAUUGUGCAGCUAUUGCACAACAUGUAUGUUUUGACUGUGAGUGUUAAGUACAAAAAAUAAUAAUACAUAUUCUAAAUGCACUGAUAUAAAAAGUGAUGACUUUGCCCAGUGUCAAUCCAACGCUGCGUCUGCGAGGAUAUUAGAAGGAUUGACAUGCUUCUCAAGAAGUUGAAACCUCAAAAGCAGAUCUUUCUGUUGUGUCAUAUUGGAGAGACAUUUCAUUGGCAGUUAUGUUUGGAGGUAUUGCUUGUAUGUACUCUAUUAAUGUGGGUGUGGGUGUGUCUGCGUGUAUAUGUGUGUAUAAGAGACAGUACUGGAUGUGUGUGUGGGCCUGCGUAUGUCUGAGUGUAAAUAAUGUAAAUAUCAAAGCUGGUAUCGGUUGACGUCUGGUUAUAAGCUCAAUUAUCGACUCGUGUGUCCCCUGCGUUCUCAUUGCAAUAAGUCCAUCUACUGUGGCUUUGUUGUAUAUCCGUGUGUAUACCUGGUUUCAAGCCCCUACUCACCUGCUACUCUGUGUGUGUGUGUGAGUGUGUGUGCACAAACUUGCAUGUAUGUAAGACAACUUCUGUUAUUUUAUGGUCAACUUUGUGUUCUUACUGUAAAUUCAUCUGGCAGAAAAUAAUGGCAAUAUUGAGAUUUUUGUUGAAGAAAAAUGUGAAUGUAUCACUCUUGUAAGUUAUGUUAAUCCAUUUAUGGAGAUAAUCAAAUGUAUGUGGAGAAUAGAGUUGUGUAUAUUAUUGUGAAGGGCCUGCCAGUCGUAGGACGACUGAGUGUAUGUUCAGAGGUCCAUAAGUGUGAAAAUAUGUGAAGAGUUAUUUGCCAAAUGAUGCCCUGUGAAUAAUGUUAGAAACUGGAAAGGCAGGGGUUGCAUACUGUGCUGCUUUUGAACAUAUAUACAUUAAAAGCUAUGUUCUCUACCACA